CGCGCACUUUUUCCGCGGCGCUGAUCUCCGCAGGACUCACAGAAGAAGGUUCACGUUCUUCUCGUUAUUCCAGAACACACGAGAGGACACAGCAUGCUGUCGUCUCUGAAGACCCUGCUGCUGCUCUCGGUCCUGUGCGCGCCGACCUCCAGCCUGUGCCUGCGCCUUUUCCACACGCGCUCCGACCUCCUUUGUGACGAUCACAUGGGCUUUGAUCUCCAGAGCAGCGAGGACGAGCCGCUUUACUCCCCGGUGGACGCCUGGGGGUCCAUCCUGCAGUCCGCGGAGGAGUACAGCACCUCCUCCACCUCCUCCUCCGCUGAAUCCAGUCGGGAAAAAAGGACUUCAAGUCCUGCAAACUACCGCAUCCUGAGCCGGACCAAACUCAGGGGUCAGAUGCUGCAAAACAGCAGCAGAGGAGACCGGAGGAGCAGCGUGACCCUGUCCCUGGACGUCCCCACCAACAUCAUGAACGUCCUCUUCGACGUGGCCAAAGCCAAGAACCUGCGCGCCAAAGCGGCGGAGAACGCGCGGCUCCUGGCGCAGAUCGGCCGCAGAAAGUGACGCUGGACAGCUUUUAAAA